AUGGUACAGACGCAAUUCUGUAAGAAGGUCAAGUUCGUGCGACACGACGGAGCUCGCGAGUUUGCAACCAACUCGCUUCAACUGUUCUACGAAGACGAAGGCAUUGAACAGCAGACAACGGUGCCGUAUGCACAUCAAACAAACGGAACAGCAGAGCGUGCCAUUAGGACUAUUGUCACGAUCGGCCGCAGCAUGCUUCAUCAUGCCAAACUGGACAAGUGUUUCUGGGCCGAAGCAGCGAUGACGGCCAUCUACGUCAAGAAUCGACUGCCGUCACCUAAAGUCGUGCACAAGACCCCGUUUGAGAUCGUCUACAACUUGAAACCAAGCGUCAAGCACAUGCGAACAUUCGGGUGUCAGACAUACAUACUGACGCCUAAAGAGAAUCGACUCAAGUGGGAUCCAAAGGCUCGCGCUGGCAUAUUCGUGGGCUACGAAGAAGUUUCGAAGGCAUAUCGUGUUUAUGACAUCGAGGCGGGGCAGGUGGUUAUCAGCCGCGAUGUCAACUUCGACGAGUCCACCUUUGGACUUCAACUGCCGAUCACUGAUGAAGAUGUCGAUGACCUGGACUUCGAAUUGCUGGAUCUUGAUGACGAAGAGCUGCGUCAAAUGGAGUACAAGCAAACAGGCAAGCGCAAGAACCGACUCAAUGAUGAAGAUACAGCAGCUCCACGACCGCGUGCAGUGCGUCAACGACCAGGACUAGAAGAGUCAAGCGCGCCGGAAAACAACUCGUCACGACAAGAAGAAGACGAAGAAACGAAGGAUUCUGGUGAUUCAACACCGCCUGUGUUUUGGCGUGCGAGUGCAAAAUGCCGUUGA